AAAAAAGUGUAGAAGCUAUUCAGCUAAGCGUACUUUUAACUCCUCAAGAAGAGGAGAAAUACUGAGUGCUGUCAUCUGCCGCGUCGCUUCCCUUCGCCGUAGCUGAAAAUCCGUGGGAAGUGGGCAGGUCAUGUUCAGUCUAACAUUCAUGUAGCUACUAGCUUCUUUUUGUUGAAGGUAUUUCCGUGCUCAGCGGAUCCAUAUAAAAUGUGGCGGCUGUAUGAAGGAUGCAACGAGAUUCUGAAGAUCCAAAAGUUCCGGAGAAUUGUGUCCUAUACUGGAUUCUAUUGCUUCGCUACAGUCAUCACAUAUGCAUACACCAACAACACGACUAGAGCGGGGUACUCGAGAGCUGACCAAUUCUAUGCUUCUUAUCCAGCUGGAACAGAGCUCCUUACUGACACAGCUAAGUUAUAUAAAGCAGCCUUAGGGAAUGUUUUUGAAGAGGAAGAAUGGGGACCAGUCGAAUGGUGCGUCCUGGCUAAACAUUUUGAACGUCAAGGAAAAUCACCAUACGCAUAUCAUGCUCAAUACAUGGCACACCUCGCUUCUCAUGGACAGCUAGAUGGAAGUGGCUAGCGGAAGCUCAGUAGCAGCAGCAAACCGACGAUUAGGCACCUAUCAUCUGCAUCUUGAACAGGUUUAUAUCAAUACAAGAAGUUAAUUAUGCCGCUGUGGAUUUGUUGAUAGAAAUUGAACUAACAGUUUUUGUAACUUGUUGAACAUAUAUUAACCUAUCUUAUCUCAUAUCAAUAUGAUGAGUUGUUAUGAGUGAUUAUUUUGAAGAAAUAGAUUCCUGGAUUUGGCUCCUCUC